AUGGCCUGGACGAUUGAAUGUCUCGCCAAUGACGAGAAUUUCAUCCGAGAAUGCAACGUCUUGCGGCGACUAGGCAAGCAUCCAAAUGCGGUAGAGUUGCUCGAUGUCCAAGACAGAACAAUCGUUCUGCAGGCAGGACGAUGUCUACGAGAAAUACUUAAAGAGGGCGACAUUUCAGAUGAACAGCAAGAAAAAUGGAUCAGAGGACUUGCCUGUGGUUUGCAGUACGUGCAUGAGAACAAUGUCAUACACGCCGAUCUCAACGCUGCCAACGCUAUUGUCUCCGGAGAUGAUGUCGCCAUGUGGCUGGACUUUGGUGGCUCUCAAAUUGACGACCAAGAAGCAUUGGCGAACUAUGACGAGUACAGUUAUCGGUCACCAGAGUAUCCGGAUCCUCCUGUUAGCCGGGCAAUGGAUAUCUUUGCUUUUGGCUGUACCGUGUUCGAGAUCGAGACAGGCGCUCCGCCGUUCUGGAACGAGACUAAGCACAUGUCCCAGGACGGAAGAAUGUCCUACGUCGAGGACAUGUAUCGCCAACGACUUUUUCCAUCCGCGGAAAAUCUACGCUUCGGCCCCAUAAUCAUGGGUUGUUGGCAGGGACGCUACGAGUCGAUGAGCGAUCUGGAACAAGAUUUGAAUAUUAUGGUUGUUCAGCGACCCCAGCCACAGAAAUGA